UUGUGUAUACCAAAACAACACAAACAAACAAAAUGUCGCCAGUAUUCUUUGUGAGGCAGGGGCACCGACUGUGAUUGCGUCAUAACAAGCUGGUGUAGCUUCCUCCGAGACGUAGCCUAUGAGAAACGGGAGCGGAGAGGCGGUCUGAGAAUCCUCCAGCAGUAGAAAAAUAGCACCUGAUGAUUUCACCAUCAUGUGUAAUGCGCCCAGCAGGCUAAUGUACUGCACGUUGUACUUGUGUCUGAUAGUAGUGAUAGGUAUACAUAAUAUAUAAGUUAAACCUCCUUGGUCAGAUCUCUACUUUGAAUUUGUUUGAGUGGCCCCUCUUGGUGUACAGCGACAGUGACGUCACAGUGCUGUAGGCUGCAGGAGGAGUCCACCGGUGACAACUGUCGAGACAGGACAUACACAGCCUCGCGAUGGAUAAGGAGCUACUGUUAGGUCAGGAUGAACAUGACGACCAAGAUGAAAGCCCAGCUACGUCACGAGAUGUCCGCGGACAUAGAAACUCCCCGGAUGUAGGCCUAUUGGUCAACCCAACUCUCGCCGAGGUCGCUGGCGAUGGUAUUUCUGAGUGGAAUGAUUCAAUACAGCAUGUGCAAGACCUCGGACGUCACAGAUAUGUGUGUGCUGUUACGUCACCAGACCAAAUGCCCCACCGUAACAGCAUCGAGAGACGAGCCAGUCAGGCUGAGCCGGGAACUGACCACAACGAAACGGGCAACGGUCAGGAAAAUUUGAACUUCCGGCAACUUCCCGCGAGGAAAAAGCUCCUCCUUCUGCUUCUUGUCACGGCACAGUUCUCCGCAGACGCCGGUUUCCAGCUGAUGGCGCCAUUUUUCCCACAGGAAGCGGAGAGGAAAGGGUCGUCGGAAACAGAAAUAGGCUUCAUCUUCAGCAGUUUCGAGAUUGGCAUCAUACUGUCUGCCCCAACGUUUGGCCGGUUCAUAACGCGUAUUGGGACCAAGUUUCUGUUUAUCACGGGCAUGUUAGUGGCCGGUUCAUCCACCAUAUUGUUCAGCGUGCUAAACCUGUGCCCGCCCGGCGCCAUCUUUGUGACCUUGACCAUCCUGUGUCGUGUGGUCAUGUCUCUGGGAGUGUCGGCCUACGUCACAGCCAGUCUAGCCAUAGUGUGCGAGGAGUUCCCCGGACGACGGACAACGGUGUUUGGUAUCGUUGAGACCGCCAGUGCCGCGGGACUGAUGGUGGCGCCCUUUCUAGGCGGGGCUCUCUACGACGCUGGCGGAUUCGGACCGCCCUUUUGGUUCGGCGGGGCCGUCUUCAUCGCCAACGGCCUGGCCAUGGCCAAAGUUCUGCCCUCUCAGGACAACACGCCCCGGCAGCGGACAAAGUCCACGCUCCAACUGCUCACCAGCCCUCUCGUGUGGGUUGCCAUGACAACCACGGCUGCCACAGUAGCUGGGAUCAGCUUCCUGGACCCGACACUAUCUCAGCACCUGAAGAGCUUCCGUCUGUCGGCGCUUCUCGUGGGGCUUGUCUACAUGAUUCAACCGGGUCUGUAUGGCCUGGGGACCCCUGUGUGGGGUUACCUGUGCGACACCAAGGACAUCCAAGCUCCACUCCUGAUAGGAGGGAACUUUCUCUGUGCACUGGCCUUUUGCAUUUUAGGCCCCGCCCCUUUCCUGUCAUCCAUACCGUUCAAACUAUGGACAACUGUUGUGGGACUCAUUGUCCUGGGCAUUGGCAGUGGGUGCGCUCUGGUGCCGACAUUUAGCUGCAUGAUCAAAGGAGCGGAAAGUUUGGGUUUUGAAGACAACGUCGAAACGUUUGGAAUGAUUUCUGGUCUAUUUCUGACAGCAUUCUGCACCGGGGCAUUUAUAGGCCCAACAACAGGAGGUGUCCUCACGGAUCACGUUGGGUUCAACAAAGCAGCGAUGGUUAUUGUGGGCAUUUAUUUAUUUGUCAUGAUUGUCAAUAUUGUACACUUUUCCCAUGUUUAUUUACAGCGUCCUAGGGGUUUAGCGGUAGAGGUGCCAUCAAUAAACGCUGAUCCUUUGUAGUAUUUUGCAUUAUUAUUAUUCAACGCAGGCCUACUUGUUCUAGUACUAAUAAUAAAUGACUCAUUACAUAUACAA